AUGGAUGGCUGGCUUUGGCUCGUUUUCACUCUGGCUCUUCCUUUAGCCUCCUACACAGCUGGAGCAACAACACACAUCCCUGAUCCUACAACUACUGCACUGCUCCCCACAGCUGACCCUGAUCAUACUACUACUACACAAAUCACUACUACUGCAGACAGCAUCAAUAGUGUAACUCCAGAGGGGUACAACUACAACAACUUUAACUCCAGAUGGUACUACUGUAACUCCAGAGGGUACAACUACAACAACUUUAACUCCAGAUGGUACUACUGUAACUCCAGAGGGUACAAAAACUACAACUUUAACUCCAGAUGGUACUACUGUAACUCCAGAGGGUACAAAAACUACAACUUUAACUCCAGAUGGUACUACUAUAGUACUACUGUAACUCCAGAGGGUACAACUACAACAACUUUAACUCCAGAUAGUACUACUGUAACUCCAGAGGGUACAACUACAACAACUUUAAGUCCAGAUGGUACUACUGUAACUCCAGAGGAUGGUACUACAACAUCUCAAACUACGGUUACCUUUCCUACCACCACUGCCCUCAAAUGUUAUAACGGUGGGAAAAUUGUGAAUGGCGUCUGCAUCUGUCCUGAUGCCUGGACUGGACACACCUGCGCAAUAGUAAAUUUCUGUGAAGCCCAAAGGUUAGAAGGAUUCUCGUUCCCCCCUACACCCAUUGGCUGGUUUGCAUAUUCUAAGGAGAAAUGUGAAGCAGGAACAAGUGGCACUGGGAAACCUCAGGCUUCAACCAGGUGUUUGCUCAUGAAAAAAUCACCACGUUUCAACCCUCCCAAGACCUUCGAGUGUGACCUGACGCUCAGUGACAUACAAAAUUUCACUAGUGCCAAUCUAGAGACGGUGGCGACCAGCGCUCAGAUUCUGACCUCCAACCCAGAAGAGCUGACGGCCGAAAACGUCACAGCAGCCACUCAGAUCGCCAACACACUGCUGCUGUCUGCAAACGCCACAGAGAGCAUCACUGUGGCAGCAGUUGCAACAAUCAGUCAGCUGCUGAACGCCACCGUGCCAGAGGACACAAAGGAAAACAACGCCGCUCUGGGGCUGACGCUGACCCUGGACCAGCUCUCUGUGAAUCUCAGUCUCCAUGCAUCUCAAUCUCAGGUGGUGCAGCCGAACCUGGUGGUGCAGUCAGCACAGGUCCCUGCUGCAGACACUCAGGGAGUCCAGUUCACUUCUCUCAGAGGAACAUCUGGCAAUUUUGUGGCUAACAGAAUUCAGCUGAACACAAACGCAACACAGAUUGAAGUGGAAAAUGGUUUCAUAGCUGACGCCCUCAUUUAUCUACGAUUCCCACCAGGUGAAGCUGUCAGAGGCGGUCAGACAGACUCAAAUGUCUCUUUGGGUUUUGUUCUCUAUCAGAAUGACCGUUUCUUCCAUUCAAAACUCUACACAAGGCGACGGGCCAACAUCAGGGUCCUGUCAGCCAGUGUCAAAGGGCAGGAAGGUCGCGUGGUACCAGCACAUGUGGAGAUGCUGUUCAGUCCCAGACUGAUGGACGGGACGUCUCUGUACGACUUCUCCUGCGUUUUCUGGAACUACAGUCUGAAGGACUGGAGCACUGCCGGCUGCUCUAAAGGAAACACUUCAGAUGGACUCAUGAGGUGUUUCUGUAACCACACCACCAACUUCGCUGCUCUCUGGUCGUACAGAGAGAACUACGAGUACGCAGAAGCUCUGGGUGUGAUCUCCAUCGUGGGCCUGUCUGCUUCUAUGCUGGCGUUGGCUGUAACAAUCAUUCAUCAUGUUAGAGAAAACUUUCACAGGAAGUCUCGUGAGCUGCAGACCAACCUGAACUCGAAGCUGGCGCUGCUGUGCAUCUACUUCAGCCUGCUGGCCUUCAUCAUCACCUUCCUCUCUGGAGUCCAGAACUCAAGCAGACAGAACGACGCUGAGCUGCAGGUUCGCGAUCAGACCAACGACCUCCUGGACUCCGAUGAACGCAGAGAACCGGACCGCGGCUCAUGCACGGCCGUGGCCGCGCUGCUGCACUUCCUCCUGAUGGCCACCUUCAUGUGGAACAGCGUGUACGCCACCCAGCUGGUGCUGCUGGUCCGAUCCCUGCGCCGCAGUCUGCCAGCACACUGGACUCCACUGAGCCUGGCUCUGGGCUUUGGAGUGCCGGCCUGUCUCGUGGCCGUCACACUGGGGGUGAGCUACAGGGUGGACCAUCCUCUGGGAUACAGACAGGAGGAAUUCUGCUGGCUCGCAGCGCUGGAUAAGAACAAACGGUUCAGCUUUGGGAAGCCCAUGUUUUGGGGUUUCCUCCUUCCGGUCGGCCUGAUCCUGACCUACAGCAUCAUCCUGCUGGUUCUCAUCUCCAUGACAACAUGUAAAGCUGAUCCCAAACUGACCAGCAACAAAGACUCGUCUUUGAGGAAGAAGUUCCUCAUCAGUCUUUCUCUGGCGGUGCUGCUCGGUCUGUCCUGGACUCUGGGGUAUCUGGUCCUCCUCAGCUCAGGAAAAACACACCUGGUCUUCAGCAUCCUGUUCUGCCUCUGUACAACCACACAGGGUUUGCAGAUUUUCAUCCUGUUCACAGCCCGAACGCGAGCCUUCAGAGUCGUCCUGUCCCGAUCCGUGCAGUACCCUUCCACAGUCAGCAUCCCGCUCAGCAGCACAAAGUACCACGUGAGGAAGAACUGGGAUACAAACCAGUCGGAGACCUACAGAGACCUGAGUGAUGGGGACACAAUCACCAGCAACACCCUGUGGCACCUGAGGGAGGAAAACUGUUCAUGUUGA